GUAUACAAUCGUAAAAGUUUUACUUUUUCUUCCCAUGAACAGAAAGGUGAAGAAUUUAGUCAACACUAUGAACAAAAGCCCAUCACUGGUCAGAACAUCAACCAAAAGCAAGAUGAUACGAAGAGACAGUCGGACAGACCACGAGGGUCACAUCAGAUUGAUGCACGUGAAGAAUAUAAGAAAAAUCAAGACAGUAAACAAGCAAGCCAUGCACUGAGGCUAAACAACCCUGACAUUGCUGACCUGAGUGAUGCGAACAGACCAACCAAAAUAGCUGAAAAAUUUUCCGAGCUCUAUGAUAAUGAGUGGACAGAGGCGUUUGAAUCACUUUCUAAAACAGAGAGUUCGGAAAAAAGAAACAUUGAAACCCUCCUUAACAUUGUCACGGGUGCGUAUGAGUUUUGUCGGGUAGAAGCAGAUAGGCAAAUUGACAAUCUACAAUCAAACUGUAUAGAAGUUUUUAAAGGAGAAAAACUAUCGUCAUCCCGAAAGUAUACAGAUCCGCCAAAUGAUAAAGGUAGAGAAUACCUAGUUGAAUACAGGAAAGGUAUCGCCCAAUGUUCUUUGCAAUAUCUGACGGAGAAGUUUAAGAGUCAGAUGAAAAUCAAAUACAGUGACGAGAGAAUAAUAGCUUAUGUAGAUAAAGCCGUCGAGCUGACAUGGUGGAUGGCGGUUCAAGACCCUCCAGUUUACAUGUGCCCGACUACAACACAUUUCGAUAGCAAUCUUUACAAGCCUUAUACGCGGUCUGGCAAGACACCAGACUUCUUUGUGUGGCCUGCUCUCAAAUUAUAUAAGUAUGGUGGACUACUUAUGAAAGGCGUGGUACAAUACAAGAACUAAGAAAGGAUACACAGAUUCCAUGGCAUGUUUUAUGUCGGUAGUGAGAAAUGUUCCGUCCAUGACGUUUGUAAAUAGCAAUUUAGCAUAAUGACAAAAAUGGAUUUGUUUGAUAAGUUAAGAUUUUCUUAUGCGUUACAAUUGUUAACACGAUUCUAACGAGGAAAAAUAAUGACAAUUAUGGUAGAUAGCAUUGUAGAUGUUGUAGUAUAAAUUGCAUAUAAAUUGUGUAUUAAUUGUGUAUUAAUAUUGUAAAGUUUG